AUGUCCAGCAGCAUACAACGCCACAGGCGACAAAGCGUCUUCUCUCUCGCUCCCAUCGCCGCCUUCGUCGACAGCGACUCCAGCCCGUCGGAAAAAGCGAAUCUCUCGAAUUUGGCACCCUCGUGCUCCCGUCGUGAGGCUCGCGCGCGCACCUCACCCGGUCGCUGGGGCGCGCUAAUGGAUCGCCGAAGGACGCCCCGUCUCGUCCUCCUCGCCCCACCCGACACGCCCGAGCACGCCCUCCAUCAGUGCCCGACCGUCGAUAUCUCGACCCGCGCUCAGGACCUUUUCAGCCAUCCGGCUCACCGACCGCGCCUCCCAGCGCCCCUCAGCGUCGCGAAGGACACGCCGACGAGAAGUACGAGCAGCAGGUAUCAGAGCUUUGUUUCUACGCCCAAGACCGGCUUGCCAGAGCUAUCGUUCAUUGAAGCGAAGGACGCCGCACUUCCCGAUCGCAAGUCUCGCAACGGCGAACACGUCGAACUUCAUCCACCAUACUCGGCCCAAACUUGCAGCCCACAUACUUCCGCUGCAACCAUCCUCGACCCACCAUACUUUCCGCACCGACGUACUGCCUGA